AUGCUUUACACUGUACUCAAUUUAUUAGCGUAAGUUUUUGUUUUUUGGAUGGAAAUUUUUCUAGAAAGCUGCUGAAAAUUUCGAAAAAUGAAAUUUUGCAGCCAAAUAUAUUGCAAUGGCCCGAUUCUUCAAACCGUCCAAGAUUCGCACAUGUUUCCCGAUUCCAAACAUUUCGUAGACAUGUCGCUGAAAUAUGAUCCAAGUUCGUUUUUUGGCUGGGCUGAAAAUUCUCCAAAUAUGGUCUGACCAUAAAUCACCCAUUAAUCAUAAAUUCUUACAAAAAGUUAUCAAAAAACCGGUUUCACUCUUGAUUUUUCGAACUUUUUUCUCAGAAAUUGCGAAAAAACUGAGCAGUUGUUGUUAUUUUCUGGGGUCAUGUGAACCAUGUUUUUCCGUCUUUUUUUCUUUCAAAAAUCAGAAAAAUUUUCACAAAAAAUAAGAUGGCCAUAUCAUAUUAGUGGGGAGUAAAACGAAAAAAGACAUUGAAUUAGGUGGAGAAUGAAAAUUGGAAAUGCAAUGUUUGGGGAAGAUGAAAUGCGGUGCAAAUGUACCUGGGAUUUUUGAAAAGAAAAAUAUUCACCUGAUUUGCACAUGGGUUCAAAUUAAUUAGAUUUCAAGGUUGAAAGAUCAGAGUUCGGAAAAUAAUCGAGAAAAUAAUUGGAUUCUAUUUUUCUUAUGAAGAUUUCAAGGCUUCCAGAUUUCUAAAUUUUUUUAGUUCACAUGAAUCAGAAAUCAAAUUUUUGACCAAACAUCUGAAAUCAAUACAGAAUAUGUUUAGUCUAAAAAAUUCUGAAGCCCUCUCAAAAUCUACUUUCCAGUCACAACUCUCCGACACUUCGACGAACUUGGCGAUUCAGCCACCGAUGUCGUAAUUCUUCGCGAAUUCGUCACUUCUCAUUUCAAUCCACCAGGCACCGAAUUAGUCGAAUGGUUUCCUCCAGAUUGGGUAGAUUUCCCAUCAAAUUUCCUGAAUAUCCACGAUUAUCAUCAUCGUCGUUGGGCUCUUCAUCUUCAUCGAAUUUGGAAGGAUUUGUGUCGAAAAGUUCGUGAUGAUGUUCGAGAUAACCAAGAUCAUUAUUCUCUUCUCUAUGUUCCUCAUCCUUUCAUUAUACCAGGCGGAAGAUUUCGCGAAUUCUAUUAUUGGGAUUCUUUCUGGAUUUUGAAAGGGUUAAUAUUCUCCGAAAUGUACGAAACUGCACGAGGUGUUAUCAAAAAUUUGGCUUAUAUGGUUGAUAAGUAAGUUGUUGAUGAGAGAAAAUAAACAAAACAACAAUAAUCGUGUUGUUUUUCAGUCAUGGUUUUGUGCCAAAUGGUGGACGGGUUUAUUAUUUGACACGAUCACAACCGCCUUUGUUGAUUCCAAUGGUUUAUGAUUAUUAUAUGGGAACUGGAGAUUUGGAAUUUGUUAUGGUAAAAAGAAGACAUUGAAAAUUAAAAUAUGACCAACAAAGAAUCUGAGAUUCUUAAGAAUUUCUAGAAUAUUCUAUCCAGAUUUCAGAAAGCUGCGGAAGCUAGGCUCAGAUUUUUAAAAUUACCCUGAAAGAUUUAACUGUAUCAUUCUAAAUGUAUCAGCGGGAAAAUUCAUAACAAUUUUGAAACGUAUAAUUCUCGAGAUUUCCUGAAAUAUUGUCUAGAGCAUUAAUGUUCAGAAAAUUCUAGCAGGAUUUCAGAUGUGAAAAUCUAUACCCAAAUUUUUAUUUCAAAUUUGAAAUUCCAGCAAAUCCUACCAACUCUUGAAAAAGAAUACGAAUUCUGGGUGAAAAAUCGUAUGCAAAUGUUCAAAGAUGAAGAAGGCAACGAGCUUUUUCCCUAUUUCCAAUACAAAGCAAAACUCAAAGUUCCGAGACCCGAAUCCUAUCGAGAAGACAACGAAUUAGCCGAACAUCUUGAAACGGAGGAAGAAAAAAUCAGAAUGUGGUCAGAAGUUGCAUCAGCCGCUGAAACUGGCUGGGAUUUUUCGACGCGAUGGUUCUCACAAACUGGCGAUGAAAAACAUCGAAUGAAUUCGAUUCGAACUUGGAGUAUUGUUCCUGUUGAUCUCAAUGCAUUUAUGUGUGCAAAUGCUCGUAUUUUGGCUAGUCUUUUUGAGAUUUCUGGAGAUUUUAAUAAAGUCAAAAUCUAUGAGAAACGAUAUGCUUGGGCGAAAAAAGAAAUGAAAAGAUUGCAUUGGAAUGAAACUGAUGGAAUUUGGUAUGAUUAUGAUAUUGAGAGAGGAACACAUUCGAAUAUUUAUUAUGUUUCGAAUGCGGUGCCACUUUAUGCCAAAUGUUACGAUGAUGACGACGUUUCGCCGCAUAGAGUUCAUGAAUAUUUGGAGGUAAGAAAAUUUUGGGAGAUAUUGAGGGGAUUCGGGAAUUUUUUGAAUUUUAGUUCCAGACUACUGAAAAUUAUUUAAAAAAAAAAACCAAAAUAACAUACGUUUCAAAAAUGUAAGAACUAUCAAUUACAAAUUUCAAACUGUUUUCAGAGUGUUCAUGUGAUAACCUACUCAGAGAUUCGCUGGCCAGCUCGCCACCAGAUCGCUGCGGCCAUCUGGAAACCGCAUGGCCGCCAGGUCGCCUUGAGUUUUCCGGCGACGUGGCCUGUGUGUUUGAAAUUCUGGAAAGCUGGCAAGACAGUGGUUUGUACUCAAAACAGUGCAUUUUCUACUGUUUUUUUCACUUCCUAAGGUUUCAAGUGCUGCGAAAAAACAGAAAAUGAGCCAAAUUUUUCGAAAAUGCCUCAAUUCACAAGUUUUUCAGACUUUUUCAUGAAAAUUCAUUUUGACGCGGCGAAGUGGCCACCACGUGGUAGCCAUAUGGCCGUGACCUAGCCAGAGCGUGGCCACCUUGCCAGCGAAAAAAAACCGGGCGACAUGGUUUCCAUGUGGUUCCCAGGUCAGCCAGCCUCCCCACCUGGUGGCGAGCUGGCCAGCGAAUCUCUGAGUAGAAAUCUUCAAAUGGUCGAGAAACUCAAAAACAUCAAUCAAAUUUUGAAUCUUGGAAAAACUAAAAAUUCCCAAUACUUUCGAAUUUUUCAGCGCGAAGGUGUAAUGAAAUUCAAAAAAGGUCUUCCGACAUCUUUGGCAAUGGGUUCCGAACAACAAUGGGACAAAGAAAAUGCGUGGCCUCCAAUGAUUCAUAUGGUAAUCGAAGGAUUUCGAACAACUGGCGAUGAAAAACUAAUGAAAGUUGCUCAAAAAAUGGCAACAUCUUGGCUCACAGUCACUUAUCAAUCAUUUAUUCGAACUCAUGCAAUGUUCGAGAAAUAUAAUGUGACUUUGCAUACUGAAGAAGCAUCUGCGGGUGGCGGUGGAGAAUAUGAAGUGCAAACUGGAUUUGGGUGGACAAAUGGUGUCAUUUUGGAUUUGUUGGAUAAAUAUGGCGAUCAAUUUUCUACUAGUUCUAGUAAUGUUUCGAAAUUUUCUGUAUUUAUAUUUUUGUACAUUUUUUCUAGUCUUUUUUGUAUUUUUUAAAUUGAUUGAAUGAAUAAAUCGGGUUUUUUUCUGUGUGUGUGUGUCAACACCGACUGCCCGCAAACACCAAAUCCUACGCGCAAUCUUGACGCCAAAUACGCGCUACUCUAUUUCUAGAAAUUCUCUGGGGACUACAUAGAUAGUUUCAUUUAAAAAAAUGGUAGAAUGAGAAACAUCAGACCCUACGCGCAAGCGCUAAAACUAGUGAGCGACUUACAGAAAUAUAAUUUAGAUAUGCCACAAAAAACAUUUAGCGUAUCUCGUCCAUUUUUUCUCUUACCAAUCUUCUUUUUUUCUGUCAGCAAAAAAAUAAAAAUUUGAAAAAUUCCGAGAAAAAAUCUUGUUUUGCGUGAACGUGAAAUUUGUCGUGGCAAAUGCCAUUUCAACGAUAAUUUUUCAGUCAUUUAAAAUUUUCGGCGAGCAACAAGACGACAGCAAAUAAAGAUGAGUUUUUUUUGGGUUGCCCGAAUUCCUAAUAAGCUACCGCCCUUUUUGCGAGUACUUUCACGUAUCUCUCCUGGAGUAAAGUACAGCUCAACUUAGCCUAACUCUGGAUAGUAAAGCUUUUUAAGUUGAGCAUUAGCCAUUGCAAUUGUCAGGAACCUCGACAUGAGUUACCAUAACUUUUUGGUUAUACUCUCGACUUUGUCGACUUGAUUUGGUUGGAAAAACUGUGAAGGGAGAGAUCGAGGUUCGCUUUUCAAGUUUUCUGAAAGAAAAAUUGAAAAGAAAACGUGGAAUUAUUCAAAGAGGAGGGAAAUUUCGACUAUUAUGAGGGAAAAUACGAUAUUUCCAAAAAAAAUCAUCAUUUUUUCAGAAACAAAUUCAAAAACCAUGGAAAACAUCUGCACAAAACAACAAAAAUCAAAGAAUUCGAAGUUUUCGGUGAGUUUUUCUAACCAAACAAUAAGAAGUUCUUGAAUUUCAAUCGAAAAUUGAUGGAAUUCAAAUGUUAUAAAUUUUCAAUUGGAAUUUCAGUUGGAAUGCGGAAGCUAUGCUCAAAAUUGCACUUUUUCACCAGAAACUUGGAAUUUUCAGAAGUUCUGGUAG